AUGUUUAACCCUCGAUUCCUGGUCAUCAGUCUGGGAAAUCCGCUGCCGAAAUACGAAAGCCUUCAUUCCGCCGGCCACUUUGCCCUCAAUGGCCUCGCCAAAGUCCUCCAACAACCUCCCUUGCGAGCCAUGACAAUGGCGAAACAUUCAUGUGCAGUCUCCCAGGGCCCAAAGUACACGCUGGUGCAGUCGCCAACCCUGAUGAACAUAUCCGGUCGGUUUGUUGCGAGAGCUUGGCAAGAUAUGGUCAAGCAGCAUGACGCCGCCUCCUCAAGCCUCGUCAUUGUGCACGACGAGCUGGAGAAGGCGCUCGGGGACGUCAGGCUCACCGCUUGGGAUCGAAGCCCUCGCGGCCACAACGGGAUCAAAAGUGUCAAGAAGUCGUUGUCGCAGAAUACGUAUCCGCAGUCUCCCUUUGCGCGUAUCGCCAUUGGAAUCGGCCGUCCUGCCGAGCGCGAUGCUGCGACUGUCAGCAGAUAUGUUUUGGAUCGGAUUUCAGCUGAGCAGCGCAAUGUGCUGGAGCAGGUUGUUCCAUGGCAUGUCGCAAAGAGACUUGUGGAGCUUGAAGACGAAUGGAGAAGAGAGAUACGGGCUCGAUGA